CCUGCCUGAUCCGUGGGCUCGCCGCGACGGAACAACGAACUCAAAAACCCCAAUCUCCCGUCGAGCCGGUCCAAAUCCAAACCCCGAACCCCCCGAAAAAUCCGGGAAUACAUCUCGAAUCGCCUUCCCUGCUCUGCCUGUUCCUCCGACUCCAAUCACCCGCGCGAUCCCUCGGCCUGCGAUCUCCCGCGGGGAUCGAGCAGCGCCGCGGCGGCGGGAAGAGGAAGGAAGGGGACGGAGAUGAGGAAGCGGGAGCGGGAGAACCCGUGCGGGAUCUGCGGGCACUACCACAAGUUCGAGGAGGGUGAGGUCUGCGGGGUGUGCGGCCACCGCUGGAAGCCGUCGGACGGGGAGGGCACCCCGGCGAGGCACGAGUCCGCCUUCCCCACCGAGGUGCUCAAGGACUUCCUCUUCCUCGGGAGCUACGACAACGCCUCCCGCUCCGAGGUCCUCAAGACGCUCGGCAUCUCCCGCAUCCUCAAUACUGUGCCUGAUUGCUACAAUCUGUACCAGAAUUCAUUCACAUAUCACAGUCUACAGCGUGACAGGCCUUUGGAUUUUGAUGGGGCAAUCCAGUUUCUAGAACAAUGUGAAAGAGAUAAAUCACGUGUUCUUGUUCAUUGCAUGUCUGGAAAAAACAGGUCAGCAGCUAUUGUUGCAGCCUUCUUGAUGAACUCUAGAGCAUGGAGACUUGCUCAGUCUUUACAGUGGGUGAAAGACCGUCGGCCUCAGGUUCAACUGACAGAUGCUUCUCGGAACGAGCUUCUGGAGUACGAGCAGAAGCUUUUUGGGCUCAGUGCGGAACCCGUGAUUCCCACUGAAUCAUUUGCUUCUCUUGGAUUUGGUUACACAAAACCAGCAGAUGACACCCAAGCACCUGCGUUCAACCAAAUGACCGCGCCAUCCAUAUUCCAGCGAGUCGGCCCGAAUGACAUUCCUGCCAACUUCGCUUUUGGAGCUGAGAGGACGGUGGGAGUCAAUCCUCAAGAUAGUGAUAACAAUGGUGGGACCAACCCAGCUUCAACUGAUAACGUGAUGGACAGCUCUUAAGAUGAUUUCACGCUGUUGGAUCUCCAUGUUGAAUAAGUAACCAACCGCUAGGUUACUCACCGGGGAGUUCAGUUUCAUAGGGGUAUUUUGCCUUUUGUGCACUUGGGAAAUGGUUCUGGUAACUGCCCCGUGCUGUAGAGUGACUGGCAUUAGUCUAAGUAAAUGAUGUUUGACAAGCUGGAUGGUGGCUCGUAUCUCAGUUCCUUCGCGUUCAACUUCUGCAAUUCAUCCUAUUUUGUUU